GCGCGUGCGCGAGACCAGCUGGGGCACGCCGCCGUGUGCGAGGGCGCGAGCGCGCGCUCCAGGCCGAGGCUCCGGAGACACCGAGGCGGUCGCAGCGGGAGCGCCCCUUGGGAGAUUCUGCAGGCGACCAGGGAAAGCGCGAGUCCCGCGCUGCGGGAGUGGCGCCUCGGGGGCCCAGAGGGCAGGAUACUGGGCCAGGGCGGCGGAGGCCAGCGACUCGCCCCCGCAUCGCCUGGGAAGCCAUCCUCCGCUGGCCGCCCGCUCCCGGGGCUCAGCGUGACGCGGGCCUGUGGUCGGGUAGCCGGGACAGCUCACACCUCGACCCAUCCCCCGGUCCCCGGCGGGCUCCGGACUCCGGGCUCCUCCGGGACCUGGGGUGGGGGACGCGGGGGCCCUGUUCUGGAGUCGGGGAGCCCUCCUCCGCUUCCUCUCUUCAGGACGGCCGCGGGCGGCCCGGCCGCCUCCCCGCCCGCCUGGGAGGCGCGUUAACCGGCACUCGUAGGGUACAGAGCGCCGCCUCCCCCAGCCUCCCCCUGGUGGGGACCGGGACCUUGGAAGUGUUGGGUCGCUCCUCCCCGGGGGCGCGGACAGCCCAACCCUGCUUGGCCAGGCUGCGUGGAGUAGCAGUGGGGAGCCGGAGGGACCCCGAUCCCGCCUCCUGCCCGACCGCCAGCUUGCGUUCGAAACCUAGACCGAGGAAGCUAGAGAAAGGGAGAGAAACUUCAGCUUUUUAGUGUGGUUUUUAUGCUGUAACUGGAGGGAGCUUCGGCCGGCAGGAAAAAUGUCCUUUUUCAAUUUCCGUAAGAUCUUCAAAUUGGGCAGCGACAAGAAGAAGAAGCAAUACGAGCAUGUGAAGAGAGACUUGAACCCCGAGGACUUUUGGGAAAUUAUAGGUGAAUUGGGGGACGGAGCCUUUGGGAAAGUGUUCAAGGCCCAGAAUAAAGAGACAAAUGUUUUAGCAGCUGCAAAAGUGAUUGACACUAAAUCUGAAGAAGAACUUGAAGAUUAUAUGGUUGAGAUUGAUAUUUUAGCAUCAUGUGAUCAUCCAAAUAUAGUCAAGUUGCUAGAUGCCUUCUAUUAUGAAAAUAAUCUUUGGAUUCUCAUUGAAUUUUGUGCUGGUGGUGCAGUAGAUGCUGUGAUGCUUGAACUUGAGAGACCAUUAACAGAAUCCCAGAUACAAGUAGUUUGCAAGCAGACUUUAGAGGCAUUGAACUAUUUACAUGAAAACAAAAUUAUCCAUAGAGAUUUAAAAGCAGGAAACAUUCUUUUUACAUUGGAAGGAGACAUUAAAUUAGCGGAUUUCGGAGUCUCGGCCAAAAAUACAAGGACUAUACAAAGAAGAGAUUCUUUUAUUGGCACACCAUAUUGGAUGGCUCCAGAAGUGGUUAUGUGCGAAACCUCUAAAGACAGACCCUAUGAUUAUAAAGCUGAUGUUUGGUCCUUAGGCAUCACUUUGAUAGAAAUGGCUCAGAUAGAACCUCCUCAUCAUGAGCUAAAUCCAAUGCGAGUACUGUUGAAAAUUGCAAAGUCUGAACCUCCUACACUGGCACAACCUUCAAAAUGGUCUUCAAAUUUUAAGGACUUCCUAAAGAAAUGUUUGGAAAAGAAUGUGGAUGCCAGGUGGAAUACUUCUCAGCUUCUGCAGCAUCCUUUUGUUACUGUGACAUCCAACAAACCAAUCCGAGAAUUGAUUGCAGAAGCAAAGGCUGAAGUAACAGAAGAAGUUGAAGAUGGUAAAGAAGAUGAUGAUGAUGAAGAAACAGAGAAUUCCCUGCCUAUACCUGCUAAUAAGCGUGCCUCCUCUGACCUCAGUAUUGCCAGUUCUGAAGAAGAUAAACUCUCACAGAAUGCUUGUGUUCUGGAAUCUGUAUCAGAAAAAACAGAACGUAACGCUGUUGGAGACAAAGCUCAAGACAGUGUUAUUAAUGAGAAAACUGUUGGUGGUGAGCCUGAAAAAAUUGUUGAGAGAAGUAAUGAAGACAUUGCUGUUGAUCAUCUUGAAAAUGUUGUAGAGCUCCAAAAUGGGACAGGAUUAAUUAAGGAGAAUAAGAUAGAAGAGAAGGACCUAUUCAAGGUAGAAGAGACAGUAGAAGUGGAAGACUGUGGGGGGGAAGGAAAUGCAGUGAUGGAAAGAAAAGACAGUGAUCCACCUAUAACCUCCAAAAUAAGUGCUGAUCUAAAACCUGAGAAAGAACAGGAUCAGAAAGAGCAUCAGUUGUCUAAAAAUGAGAGAAUAAAAACAAUUGACAUUAAAGACACUGCUGAUGAUAUAGCAGAACUGGUUUCUGAAGAGACUGGAGAGAAAGAAGAAAAUGUAAGGGAAGCAGACAUUCAGGGAACUGAUAGUGAAGUUAGAUUUAAAAUAGAAGUGCAGGAUAAAAUAGAAGAGACUGAAUUCACCAAAGGUGAGGUGGAUGACACAGAAACAAUGGAAACAGGGGAAGUAUUAGAUCUAGACCUGAAGGCAGUUGAAAACAAUGCCAAGGAAGCUCAGAAUGAUAAUGAAAAUGAAAUGACUGAAUUAAACAAAAAACUAAAACAAAUUAAGCUUGAUGUUGAUCCUGAGGUUAGUGGUAUUGAGGAAACCCAGGUACCAAGGAUAGAUAUUUCUGUAGAAGGUAAAAAUGAGAGUAUAUAUGUUAUGAACAGAAGUGAGGACCAUUUAAUCAAUAGUUCAGGGGACCUCUUAGUUAUUGGUGAGAAGCCAAUAACAUAUGAAAUUGAAGAAAUUAAGGAAACAAGUAGCACUGAAGAAAUAGAGGUCCAAAACACAAUAAUGCAUACUGGUGAAAAGUCAGUAGAAAGUAAAACUCAGGAUGCUCAUCAACCUCUGCUAGACAUAGAGCAAACAGAAUUUCCAAGUGAAAUACCCACUAAAAUUGAACCUCAAGUUAUUGUAGCUUCACAACCCAGUGAACCUCAACCUAUUCUCAUACCCAGUAUUAACAUUAACUCUGAAGAGACAAAAGAAAAAGGGGAAAUGGGCAUGCCAUCCCAAGUUGAAACUUCACUACAUUCAGAACCUGAGAAUCAAAAGGAAAAUGAUACUGAUUCAGGCACUGGUUCCACAGCUGAUAAUAGCAGCAUUGAUUUGAAUUUAUCCAUCUCUAGCUUCUUAAGCAAAAACAAAGACACUGGAUCAAUAUCUUUGCAAGAAACAAGAAGACAUAAGAAAACAUUGAAGAAAACAAGAAAAUUUGUUGUUGAUGGUGUAGAAGUGAGUGUGACAACUUCAAAAAUAGUUACAGAUAGUGAUUCAAAAACUGAAGAAUUGAGGUUCCUUCGACGUCAGGAGCUUCGAGAAUUAAGAUUUCUCCAGAAAGAGGAACAAAGAGCUCAACAGCAACUCAACAACAAAUUACAGCAACAACGGGAACAAAUUUUCAGGCGAUUUGAACAAGAAAUGAUGAGUAAGAAGCGACAAUAUGAUCAAGAGAUUGAAAAUCUAGAAAAACAACAGAAGCAGACAAUAGAACGCCUAGAACAAGAACAUACAAAUCGCUUGCGUGAUGAAGCCAAACGUAUUAAAGGAGAACAAGAGAAGGAACUGUCCAAAUUUCAGAACAUGUUGAAAAACCGAAAGAAAGAGGUUAUAAAUGAAGUGGAGAAAGCACCCAAAGAGCUGAGAAAAGAGCUCAUGAAACGCAGGAAAGAGGAGCUUGCACAAACCCAGCAUGCUCAGGAACAAGAAUUUGUUCAGAAGCAACAACAGGAAUUAGAUGGAUCAUUGAAAAAAAUCAUCCAGCAGCAGAAAGCAGAAUUAGCUAAUAUUGAGCGAGAAUGCCUCAAUAACAAACAGCAGCUCAUGAGAGCUCGUGAAGCUGCUAUUUGGGAACUUGAAGAACGACAUUUACAAGAAAAACAUCAGUUGCUUAAACAGCAGCUGAAGGAUCAGUACUUCAUGCAAAGACAUCAGCUACUUAAGCGCCAUGAAAAGGAAACAGAACAAAUGCAGCGAUAUAAUCAACGGCUAAUUGAAGAGUUAAAAAACAGACAGACUCAAGAAAGAGCAAGACUACCCAAGAUCCAGCGGAGUGAAGCCAAGACUCGGAUGGCUAUGUUCAAGAAGAGUUUGAGAAUCAAUUCAACAGGCACUCCAGACCAAGACCGUGACAAAAUUAAACAGUUUGCUGCUCAAGAAGAAAAGAGACAGAAAAAUGAAAGGAUGGCUCAGCACCAAAAGCAUGAAAAUCAGAUGCGAGACCUUCAGUUGCAGUGUGAAGCUAAUGUCCGAGAAUUACAUCAACUACAGAAUGAAAAAUGCCAUCUCUUGGUUGAACACGAGACUCAGAAACUAAAGGAGUUAGAUGAAGAACAUGGCCAAGAAUUAAAGGAAUGGAGAGAAAAAUUAAGACCCAGGAAAAAGACACUUGAAGAAGAGUUUGCCAGGAAGCUUCAGGAACAAGAAGUGUUCUUUAAAAUGACUGGGGAGUCUGAAUGCCUUAACCCUUCAACCCAGAGUCGUAUCUCCAAAUUCUACCCAAUUCCUAGCCUGCACUCCACUGGAUCAUAACUCCAGAAAGUAUGCUUGUGUUGGUCUUUUUUAAAUUUGCUAUUCUCUUCAUCUUUUGCCACACUAAACUACAACUUCAUUGGAGAGUUCAUGAAGACAAUCACCUGCAUCACUGUUUAAGUGGGGUUUUUUGGUUUGCUUUACUCAGAAUGUUAUGGUAGAGAUGGAGAAGGUAACUAGGGCAGACAUCAUUUGCUCUGUGUUAGACAGUGUGGUGUCUUAGUUAUUUCUUAAGGUUUUUUUUUUAUAUUAAACUAAAAACAUCUUUAUUCUUUAAACAUUAAAUUACUCAUAAGUGUUAAGAGAAAUAAUGUUUGACAUCGCAAAAAACCUGUCAUGUAAAACAUUGCUAAUAAGUAUCUUUUUAACCGAGCUUAGUUCUCAAUGAUGACUAAAUUCCAUAGUUGAAACACCACUAUAUAGAGUUUGGAAUUUUGUGUGGUGAAUCAGCUUUCAUGAAAAAAGACAUAUAAAUUACUCAAUAUGUUUAUUUAGUAAAAGAAUUUAUUAUGUUUUAUUCUUAAAUUCAGUAACAAACCCUUUUAAAAGAGAAUUUUUCAACAGUUUGUGUGAAAUAACUAUAUUACAAGUGUUCAGUCUGAUAAAUGAAGGUGCUUUCAUUAAUAUAGUGCCUGACAUAUAAAUUUGUUCACUUCUAUAAUAGGAUUUUCUUUACUAGGUUGAGGGAGGAGAGAGAAAAGUACUCUUAGCAUUAGUGUUACCAUUUAAAAAAUCUUGCUGCUACUAACCUUGUCAAAAUUCUCACUCAAAAAUAUUUUGCACUAAAUUGCAUAAAGGUGAAAGAAAAUCCUAUUAAGAGUUAGUUAUUCUUACAAAUUUGGAAGUUCUACAAACUGAAAUAAAUAUAGAUUUAAUGGUUACAGUUUAGCUUAACAGGGAUAACCCAUUUUCUUCAAUAUACUUGGGCUAAUUAAGUGGCUUCUCCCUCAUCUUACCAAAGUCUUCACUUAAAAUACUUUUAGAGUCCAGAGACCUUGAAUUAUAUUUAUAAACACAGUGAACAAAAUUAAAAAGAAAUAUUUUGAAGACUUUCAGAAUACUCAAAAAGAUUUAAGUUAAAUAUUUAGACCUAUGUUUUUGGAAUUGUAUUUGGUUUCUUACAUGUUACAAUUUUACUUUGUUUUAACUUGUUUUAAGUUGAUGUAUUUUAAAUUAUUUGAUUUGCAGUGGCUAAAAUCAAACUUUCAUCAUGUCAUUUGUGAGAAGUAUAGCUAUUAAAGAAUUAUUCAGUUACUUGCUCUUUUGAGGGUUAGAUUCUCAAGUAUGAGGCAUAUCAAGACAGUGUUAUAAACUGUUCUAUGGUAUGUGAAAGACAAGUAUGUAUAUGAUACUUGCUUUCUGUCAUUUAAAACACACUAUCUUAUAAGAGUCCUUGGUACCCAGUUUUAAAAGAUCUAUUUUCUAUCUUGCUGGUUUGUAUUAAAUAGGAGGCUAGUAGAACUCCCAAGAGUGUAAUUUCCUUUAAACAUUGUUGAGAUAAGGAAAAGAAAUGUAAAUAACAAUUUCAUUCUCUUGCAGUUCACUGAAAAAACUUUGGAUGCAGAAGCUUACUCUGUCAGUUGUUUAAGUGAUUGGAAAAUGCAUGUUGAAUUUUAAUUUUGUAAUUAGUGUUUUUGAUAAGCAUAAUUUACUUGGACUACUUUAUAGCUAGCCUUAAUUUCUGGCCAACUUUUUUUUAAAUAUAUAUAUAUAUAUAUAUAUACACAUAUAUAUAAAAAUAUAUCAUGUACUGGUUGUAAAUUCACACAUCAUUUUCAUUCAAAUGUGUUAUUGUAUGCAGAACUCUUAAAUAGCUUAUUCUCAAAUGCUGAGAUGAAAGAUGUUCUGGAAGGCCUUUUUAAGCUACAUCUUUAUAAAAGUAAUUAAUAUUCAGUAUGAAAAUGGAAAUUGUUUAUAUUGUUAUCAUAAAAAUAUUACAGUAUCAUGAUGUCCGAUGUAUUCAAUGAUUUAUUUGAAUUGGGGGAUGGUGAGAGAGGAGGAAAAUAGAUGUGUUCACAUACCACUUUUUCCUUGGAAAAUAUCAGUUCAUUGGCUUUUUGUAUUCACUCUUUUCUCAACAGAGGAUAUUGGUGUUCUCAUUCUUUAAUUGAUAGUUCAUACGCUAAUAGUAUGUUGGGAACCUAACUACUUUCCUCUGAAUAUUUUAUAUCUUCUACUCUUAUUGAAGUUGCAUGUUCACAUUACUGAUUAAGGAGAUCAGCCCAAGAUUAUGAUGGCUGACCCUUUAGGUAAGUUUGAUUGUUAGAAAGCUCUAUCCUGGUUGUAAUGCCCUCGUUUUGUAUCUCCCUUUCCACUAGAUUCAGUGUUCAAGAAUGAAUUCUGCCUUAAAGAAUGAUCAUUUUUCAAAAGGUUAGGAAAAGAAUAGAGAUUUACAUGUUGGAAUCAAAAGAUAAGUCCAACAUGAAAACUGAUAAAGAUCCUUUUAAAAAUAUUUUAUUGUGUUAAGUUAUAAUUGAAUACUUGUUUGCUUACCCAUUGUUAGCCUCAACUAUAAAGGUUCAUUUUUACAUUCAGAUAAAAGAUAGGGAUUUUUUUUCCUCUGAGGAAAGUAGUUCUUUGAAGGCUCGGUGUGUAGUCAUAACCACUUUUGGCUUGUUUUCUAUGUUAAUGUGGCAGAACAUGCAAUGAAGCCCAUUAAAGAAAACCUCAUCCUUAUAUUUUUUCCUGUAUUAUAUAGAUGCACACUUCUAAUGUUCCCAAGCGGAUAUAACUCAGCCAAUUGUGCUGAAUAUCUGUUUCUUAGCCCUUUAAUCAAUAGCUGGGGUGCAAAUUGCUAAGUUAAGUUAAGCUCAUGUGAAUUUAUGAAUAAGCUUUUCUUACCCUUUUCCUUGGGGCCUGGGGAGGCCACAGGUUGGGUAAGCAGAAAAUUCAGCUUUUUGCCAUUUAGCUAAUAUGAUAAUCUCCCUGUAACCUGUGAUGGGUUAAGCUGAGUUUUAAGUAAGACAAAAACCAGAACCACAGCUACCUCUAAGAAGUAGUGUUUUCCUCAAGCACAAAAACGCUCAGGCAUACUAGGCCCAAUUCAUUGUAGGGUCUCCAAUUUUAUAAGCAUCAGCAAGUUUUAGAACUGCCUUUUGUAAUCUCUAAAACCCAGUUUAGCUAAUAGCUCUCUCCCAUACCAUUCAGUGCUUAGAAGAGAAGGUUAUUCAGAAAGAGCCAAAUUCAGUCAAAUUAUUAGGUAGACAUGGAUAUAUGAUUAAAGGAAAAUCCAGAACUGAGAGAGGAAGUUAUUUCUAGUUCUAAGAGUGGAAAUCGGUUCUUUUCGAGAAAAAGGUAUUUUACAGGAAAUAGUAUAAUCUUAUGAAAAGCAUUUCUGAUGAAGGCCCAAUAACCCAACACCUGUCUUGUUGCCAUGGUGAUAGUGGUUUUGCUCUAGCUUUAAAGUUCUGCUCCUGAACUUAAGGCAGAACAUUCCUGUAAGUUUCCAUGUAGACUGCUGCUGUAGGUGAUGCUGUUCUGACUUGUGAUGCCAUGGCUCCACAAAUUUUUCAGAAAGAACUCUUGUUCCAGUUUGUGCCUCUUGUCUACUGGAGAGCAAAUGUCUUUGCAGUUGUGGAAUUGACACACUAAAAUAAAGUCAUUUCUUAAUCUA